AGUGGGAGCAGGGAGCAGCAGCGGAAGUAGCAGUUCCAGAAACUUCGUCGCCGUUCUUCUAUGGAACGGUUUCAUCAGUUCCUGGUAUCUGUUCCAGUUAUCGAGAUAGUAUCAUGCGGUCGGAAAUACGCUCAAUCUUACCUGUUAGGAACUGUAUGAGUGACUACAGUUACUAUAUCAGUUACUAUAUAGUAACUGUGGGAGAGACUAAAUAUUGGCUGUGCAAAUAUUUGUGAAAAUACUCAAUAAAGAUAAAAAUAUAAUUGAAAGACAUUAAACCUUUGUGGCUCAAGUAUAGGAGUGAGUUGUCUAUAUGAAAUAGAGAUAUAAGAAUGGGGUUUACCUACAAGAAGUGGAGAAUUUCACAUGUAAUGAGGUAGAAAAAUUUUGUAUGAAGGAUUGCAGUUUAUAAAGGAUUUUAGUGAGGUCCACAUAAUAAUGACAGUUUUGGAUUAACAUUUGUGGUGCUAUCCUUGUCUAUCGUUCGUUAAAGGAGUAGCACUACCCUUGUUCAGCGUCGCAAAGUUGCCAGAUCGUCUUUAAACGAUGUAGAAAUAUAAUUAACAGAAUUUAUUCCUGGAUAGUUAAGAAUAAGAAUGAUUUUUAUUCCUUUAGUGCAUACAAACAAUGCUAUCGGAAACGUCAGCAGUUGUUGAAAGAUAUAUCUUGUAGAAUAGAAUAUAGUUGAUUAUUCUCAACCAGUUUGAACAGUUGAUAUCACAUCAGAUAUACCGGUAUCAGGUAUCCUCCAUAGAAGGCAGUGCAAAGGCAGAGAAUCGGCUAUGCUGUU